UUCGAUAAAUCCGAUGAACCAGUCACACUGAUCCUCUGUAUGGCGCUGGCAUUUUAUAAAUUUUUGCGUAUUGUUGAGAGUAAAGGCCAACAAAUUAUCUGUUAAGUUGUUUAUAACGAUUCGCCAAGUGUGUGUUUGAUUAUACGGCACAGCGGAGCCAACAGUUGGUUGUAUAUUUCAUGUGUGAGCUAAGGCGGAACAGCAACAGUGGUGGCCUAGCGAUCAAAGUAAAAGCCAGCAAUAAAAAGUAAGCAAAGCAAAAGGAAAACACCACUUGGCAAACACCAAAUAUUUUGGGUGUAGUGUACAAAAGUUGGUUAGUAAUUACCAAGCAAAAGUGUUUUUUGUGUUUGAAGCGGUUUGCGCAGCUUAACGUUAGCGUCAACGUCGGCGUCGCCGCGUACAAACAGAAAGCAGGCAAAGCCGUUUGAUUGUGUCUGUAUGUUAGUGUGUGUUGGUGUGUUUAUGUGUAUGUGUGCCCCAAGGCAUUAUUUUUCUGUCUUAUGACGUAAACAACCGAAAAAAAUCAAAAGUGAGCAGCAGGCGACACAAAUAUAUAUAUAAAUAUAUAACGAAGAAUGUCUCGUCAUGAGAAAUCAAAGUCCACAGGUGGUGGCAUACUGGAGACCUGGUUUGGACGACCGUCCAAGUCGAAAGGCAAUAGCUUCAAUAGCGGCACUCUGACUCACGGCGGACGGCCCACCUCUCUGGACAAUGAGGGCGUGUUGAGCGUCGAGGAUGUGGAGCAUUACAUUCAGGAGCUGAGCGAGGCUCAGGUGGAUGCCAAGUUCUUGGAAAUCAUCGAGGAUAUGAAUAUACCCAUGGACAAGCGGGAACCGCUGCUGGCCAAGUCCAAGGAGGAGCGUCAAAAGAUGAUACUCUGGCACCUAAAAGGCAAAAACUCACUGGAGCGCAACACGCACUCCCGCUUCGAGAAGCCCAUCGACUAUGUGGAGUACCUGCAGAAUGGGGAGCACAGCGAGCAUAAGGUGUACCAGUGCGUGGAAUCGCUGCGCGUGGCCCUCACCAGCAAUCCCAUCUCGUGGAUCAAGGAGUUUGGGGAGGCGGGCAUCGGACAGAUCGAACAGCUUCUGUCGAGAGCUAAGAAGGAUCGCACCUACGAUCGCAUCGAAUUCGAGGCGAUACGAUGCCUCAAAGCGAUCAUGAACAACACGUGGGGUCUCAAUGUGGUGCUCGUGCCCGAUCAGCACAGUGUGGUCCUGCUGCUGGCCCAAUCUCUGGAUCCCCGCAAGCCGCAGACCAUGUGCGAGGCCCUCAAGCUGUUGGCCUCCUUUUGCAUCGUUUACGAGCGGAAUGGCUACGAGAAGGUGCUGCGAGCCAUCACCACGAUAGCAGCCACAUCGUACAAGUCCAGCGAACGCUUCCGACCGAUUGUUGAUGCACUGUUUGCAUCGGACAAGCAGGAUCCCAAGCGAGAGCUGGCCUGCCACAGUCUGAUCUUCAUCAAUACGCUGACAAACACACCCACGGAUCUGAACUUUCGCCUGCAUCUGAGGUGCGAGAUCAUGCGUAUGGGACUGUACGAUCGUCUCGAUGAGUUCAAGAAGAUCGUGGAGACCAGCAACAAUGAGGCCCUGCAGCAGCACUUUAAGUUCUUCAACGAGAUUCGGGAGGAUGACUUUGAGGAGUUCGUGCAGCGGUUCGAUAAUGUGACCUUCAACAUGGACGAUGCCCAGGACUGCUUCGAUGUGCUGAAGAACCUCAUCACGGACACCAACUCGGAGCCGUACUUCCUGUCCAUUCUGCAGCAUCUGCUGUACAUCCGCGACGACUUUUACUUCCGACCCGCCUACUAUCAACUGAUCGAAGAGUGCAUCUCGCAGAUCGUCUUCCACAAGGGCUACAGUGAUCCGAACUUUGCCAAUCGCGACUUUAACAUUGACACCUCGCUCCUGCUGGACGAUAUUGUGGAGAAGGCCAAGGCCAAGGAGUCGAAGCGCUCGGAGGAGUACGAGAAGAAAAUCGAGGAGCUGGAGAGCGCCAAGCAGGAGGCGGAGGCCAAGGCCGCACAUCUCGAGGAGAAGGUCAAGCUGAUGGAGGCCAAUGGUGUGGCCGCUCCAUCGCCCAAUAAGCUACCGAAAGUUAAUAUACCAAUGGCGCCGCCACCACCUGGUGGAGGAGGAGCACCGCCACCGCCACCGCCGCCGCCUCCUAUGCCGGGUCAAGCGGGAGGCCCGCCGCCACCACCGCCAAUGCCUGGCAUGGGAGGACCCAGACCUCCACCCCCGCCGCCUAUGCCCGGAAUGGGUGGUGGUCCACCGCCACCGCCCAUGAUGCCUGGCAUGAUGCGACCUGGAGGUCCACCUCCGCCCCCCAUGAUGAUGGGGCCCAUGGUGCCCGUCCUGCCGCACGGCCUGAAGCCCAAAAAAAAGUGGGACGUGCAGAAUCCCAUGAAGCGGGCCAACUGGAAGGCCAUUGUGCCGGCCAAAAUGUCCGAGAAGGCGUUCUGGGUCAAGUGCCAGGAGGAUAAGCUGGCCCAAGAUGAUUUCCUCGCAGAACUGGCCAUGAAAUUCUCCUCAAAGCCCGUGAAGAAAGAGCAAAAGGAUGCGGUGGACAAGCCGACAACGCUGACCAAAAAGACGAUCGAUCUGCGUGUACUCGACUUGAAAUCCGCCCAGAAUCUGGCCAUACUGUUAGGUGGCUCCCUCAAGCAUUUGUCAUACGAGCAGAUCAAGAUCUGUCUGCUGCGCUGCGAUACGGCCAUAAUGUCCUCCAAUAUACUGCAGCAGUUGAUCCAGUAUCUGCCGCCGCCAGAGCAGCUUAAGCGUUUGCAGGAGAUCAAAACAAAGGGAGAACCACUACCGCCCGUUGAACAGUUUGCAGCAACCAUAGGUGAAAUCAAACGCCUGUCGCCGCGCCUUCACAACCUGAACUUCAAGCUGACUUACGCGGACAUGGUGACGGAUAUCAAACCCGAUAUUGUGGCCGGUACUGCAGCCUGCGAGGAGGUGCGCAACAGCAAAAAGUUCUCCAAGAUCCUGGAACUGAUACUCCUGCUGGGCAACUACAUGAACUCGGGCUCCAAGAACGAAGCUGCCUUUGGCUUUGAGAUCAGCUACCUGACCAAAUUGACCAACACCAAGGAUGCGGAAAACAAGCAGACGCUGCUCCACUAUCUGGCCGAUCUCGUGGAAAAAAAAUUCCCCGAUGCCCUCAACUUUUACAGCGAUCUGUCGCAUUUGGACAGGGCGUCGCGUGUGAAUAUGGAUGCCAUACAGAAGGCAAUGAGGCAAAUGAAUUCGGCGGUAAAGAAUCUGGAAACGGAUUUGCAGAACAACAAAGUCCCGCAAUGCGAUGAUGACAAGUUUAGUGAGGUGAUGGGUAAUUUUGCCGAGGAAUGCAGACAGCAAGUCGAUGUAUUGGGCAAAAUGCAACUGCAAAUGGAGAAGCUUUAUAAAGAACUGAGCGAGUACUAUUCCUUCGAUCCCAUCAAGUACACCAUGGAGGAGUUCUUUGCCGACAUCAAGACCUUCAAGGAUGCCUUCAAGUCGGCCCACAACGAUAUUGUGCGCGCUCGCGAGGAGCAGGAGAAGAAGCAGCGCAUGCAGGAGGCUCGCGAACAGUCGGCCCGCGAACAAAUGGCCCGACAACAGCAGAAGCGUGCUCUGGUCGACAUGGAUGCGGCCCACGCGCAGGAGGGCGUCAUGGACAGCCUGCUGGAGGCGCUGCAAACGGGUUCGGCAUUUGGCCAGCGCAAUCGACAGGCGCGCAGACAACGACCCGCGGGGGCCGAGCGACGGGCACAACUCAGUCGAAGUCGAUCCCGGACGCGAGUAAAUAAUGGCCAGCUAAUGACCCGCGAGAUGAUAUUGAACGAGGUGCUCGGCUCGGCGUAGUUUGGACACAGACACCCACCCACACACAUACAUAAGCAAUUCCCCCUCCUCCCUCCUUCUCUGUACAUAUAUAAAUAGACAUCUGUAGCGAUCUAAGGGCCUAAGACAUUAGCCAUGUACAUCUGUAUCUGUAUAUCUGUGUAUCCGUAUCCGUAUCUGUGUAGCCUUGUGUACAUAUCAAUUCGAUUGACAUGUGUACGGGUGGAGUUAGCUAAAGCAAAGAUAUCUAUUUUAACAAAGCCGCAAAGUACUAAAUAAGCUCUGGGCGGUAGCACUCGUUGGAGAAUCGAUUUAAAUGAUGUGAAGCAUUUCUGAAAGUUUUUCAAGUCACAAAAUGGAAACAUUUUUCUACAUUAAACUAAGGGCUUGUACAAGGGCUAUCUAUACACUUGAUUAGAUAUCUCUAUUUGAGGAUUUUUAACGAAAAGAUAAAUUUGUGUAUUUUUACUAUUCUAAAGAAUAAUUUAACAUUUUUGUUUGAUAUGUGAUCCAUGAGGAAUAAGAAGACGAAGAACUAAAAUGAAAAUAGUUAAUUUUUGUUUCUAUAUAAUUUCUAAAACAAAUCUAAUGCCUUUUUAAGACUGUCUUUUCACUACUUUUAAAUCGAGAAAUCUAAAGUUACGUUUUAAUCUGUAUCUAAAAAGUAUUGUUUGCCUACUUUAUUCAGUCUUUAUUAUGGAAUGCAAUUAUUAUUGAAUCAAAGAACUAAAAUGAAAUUAAAAUUACUUAAAUCUAUUUCCAUAUUGGCAUCAUUCUUUUAAACCUUUAUAAAUAUCAGUUUUGUAUGCAAAUUAAAAUCCAAAUUCAUUUAAAUAAGUUAAAUAACACUUUUGAGACCUGAUUGAAAAAUGAAUUAUUCAUUUAUUAAAAUUAAAUGGCCUGCCAUAUUAGUCCCAAAGUCUGAAUCCAAUUAAAGAGCAAAAAUUAAGUUUAUUAAUCAAUCAAAUCAAUCACAAAUGAUAACCUUGUAUAAGACUGUAUCCUACAAUUGUACACAACUUUCUCAAGAAAUGUUAUGCCCAUUCUAGUUCACAAAUCAGCAAAUGCCUCAAAUCAAAAUCAAACCAACUUUUGACUAUCCCCAAAACGACAAAAAAAUUAUAUAUUUUUAUACGCUUUUACUACUGAAACUGAUAAAUCGGUAUAUGUUGCCUGUUCUUAUGCUAGAAACUGAGAGACCAGUCGGGGGGAAACUAUCAACUACCUAUCUUUAUUUUGUGGUUCUUCCUGUCGUUCUGCUGUGGCAUGUUUCUCCAUCAUUUUGCUGUGCACUUCGUUUUCGAGGCACUCGAUGUGUGAUGAUAUUUGAAAAGAUGAUAUCUAAAUGAAAUGAAAUUCCUUUUGUAUUUAAUUUGUUUUUAAGUGGAACUUUUUAAAUCGUGUUUAUUUUUACCUUUCGCGCUACACUUAACAAAUUGUUAAUUUUUUGUGACAAUGAUAAUCGUAGAAAUACAUUUUGAAAAAUAAAAAAUAGAUUUUACCAAAAUCAACUAUAAUCCGUAGU